UAAGUAUAAUUUACAAGGCAGCCAUAUUGUUCAGAUAACUCUAUUGAACUCAGUAAUCAAUAAAUAUAUGCCAGUAAAACUCACAGUAUUAGAGUGGACUUUUUUUGUACUCGUCGUCUUUGGCGCGCAUUUAUGGUCUAAUCGAGUAUUUAUCUAAAGAAAUAUGGUGAAUAAACACUCAGCUUUCAUUAAUUUACAGUUAUUAGAUGUUAGGUUAGGUUUUCAUGUGAUUGCUUUCUUACAUUUGGUAAUCCUUGCCAUAGUGACUCUAUCAAUAGACACGACGGUUGAUGAAGAUGUGAGAGUGCGGGCAUACAUACAUCUGAGAUGGAAACUCCUCACGUCUUGGUAUAAUUUUCUAACCCUAGCGUACCUGCCUCUCUGUAUAUACUACGAUUGUCAACAAAAAAGAGGGUUCGGCCACGCGCGCCAUGUCCAGAAAAUACGGGACCUGACUGAUCUGAUCAUGACUGGCAUUCUGUUCCCGAUUAUAUUGUCCGGUUGCAUCUUAUUUUGGGGGUUGAUGAACGUCGAUCCCAGUCUGAUAGGUCCAUCGAGGGUAUUUGACUAUUUACCCAACUGGUGCCAGCACUCGCUACAUUCGGUGCCGACAGCGAUGGUGUUUUUGGACUUGCUGCUGACGCCGAGGAGCAGGCCAAAGAGUCUAGUGCCACGGUUCCUUCUCGCGGCUGGUUUUGUUGCUUUCUACAGUCUCAUGGUCUACAUCAGUCAUCAAAAUGGUGAAGUCAUUUACACCCUCUUUACCAGAAUCGGUGACUUUAAUACAGUAAUAUUUAUGACAAUAUCUUAUAUUUUAUAUAUCAGUUUAUUUUUCAUACAGUGGAAGAUAAUAGGCUACGUUUGGGGGCCAGAAGCAUUAAAACAAAAGUUCAAGGAGAAAUUGUAAAGAUUAAGAAAUGUAUUAUAAAGUUCCCAAAAUUA